UCCAGCUUUAAUGGCUGGUUUCAUGUGCACAACACUGUUUUAGAGUGGUUCAGAAAUAACCGCCUGUGUGAUGCUAAUCUUCCUAUUUAAUCGGAGUUUUAGUUUGAGACUUCAGCGGCGGUUUGAAUUUCUGAAGGAAGUUGCGCUUUAGUUUGCUAAGCUAACUACUUAGCCUUGAAGAUGCCGAAUUUUUGCGCGGCGCCAAACUGCACACGGAAGAGCACGCAGUCCGAUCUGGCGUUUUUUCGGUUUCCCCGGGACCCGGAGAGAUGCAGAAUCUGGGUAGAGAACUGCCGCAGAGCAGAUCUUGAAGCCAAAACGUCAGAUCAGUUGAAUAAGCACUACCGAUUAUGUGCUAAGCACUUCGACCCAGCCAUGGUGUGCAAAACUAGUCCAUAUCGGACUGUUUUGAAGGAUACAGCCAUCCCAACCAUCUUUGAUCUAACGAGCCAUCUCAAAAACCCUCACACCAGACAUCGCAAGAGGAUUAAAGAACUUACUGAAGAUGAUAUAAGGAGGAUGAAAGAAAGGAGAUUGGCAUCUUCAGCUGAACAGCUCGCCGCCAAAAAAGAUGAGGAUAGCUCGACCACCAAUGAGGAUGAACCUCAGCUGUCCACAGAGGAGAAGGAGUAUCGCGAUCACCUGAAGUCUUUGUUUGAGAUUGUGGUCAUGUUUGGAAAACAAGGAAUCCCCUUAGCUGCUGACAAAGUAUCUGAACCUGAACUCGAGUCUAACAACAUCCAGGCGUUCCUAGAUUACUGCAUAAAUGCUGGAGAUGAAGCUUUGAGGAAGCGGUUCGAGGCAACAGCUGUGAAUGCAGAAUAUCUCUCUGCAACCCAGCUGAAUCAGCUCCUGGAUGUUUGUGAGAACACAGUGAGGGAGGAGAUGGUCAUGGAGGUCAGGGAGAGUCGCUUCUUUUCCCUGGUGACCGGUGAAUUUGUCGAAUUUGCUGACGAGAAGCACCUGCCACUAUUUUUACGCUUUGUGAAUCAGCAGAACAUCCUAAGAGAGGAGUUCUUGGAUUUUAUUCCACUUGGAGAUGGGGAUGAGUCUGCCCUUGUGGAAAAGAUAGAGGCGCAGGUGACGGACCGCUGGGGGCUCAGCAUGGAGGACUGUCGUGGUCAGGCCCACAAGGCCACCGGUACUUCAACCACCAAGAUGAAAGCCGUGGCCGUGCUGCUGAUGGAGAAGUAUCCACUUGCUUUGCACAUGCCUUGUUCUCAUAUGGCGCUGAACGUCCACCUGGGCAACAACCUGCCUUUUCCCAACGUCCAGGUCGUCAUGGAAACGCUGAGGAGGAUUGAAGCUUUAUUUAAAAGCCAGUUUUCUCAGGUUGAGCUCGAGAACGCCAUCUCAACUCAUUACCAGAAGAAUGAAGACAGAGGAGCUGCACUGAGAGAAGCUUGUAGCCCCGGCUGGACGGAGCAGCACAACGUCUUUGAUGUGUUACUGGAAAUAUUGCCUCCACUGUUGCUGUGCAUGGAGAACAUUUGGGAAAAUGACAACAGACAUUUCACCAGUUCUGUUGCAGCGGAUGCGUAUGCAAUUGCAGAAGUUCUUGCUGACUUCGAAGUCGUUGUCACAGUGGUCAUCCUAAAAAAUGUUCUUACAUUCACCAGAGCCUUUGGGAGAAAUAUGCAGGGGGAAACUCUUGAUGUGUUUUCUGCUGCCAGCAGCCUCACAGCCGUCAUGCAUUCUCUGAACGAGGUCAACGACAACAUCGACGUCUACCAUGAAUUCUGGUACGAGGAGGCUUUAAACUUGGCUGCGCAGAUGGAGGUUCCCGUGUCUCUCCCGAGGCUGUUCCUUCGGAAGCAAAGAGAAGUGGAAAUGGGUGAAAUCCAAGCUGAGUCAUAUUUCAAAGAGUACGUCACCAUUCCUGUAAUCCGUGGAAUCAUGCAGGAGGUGGAGGACAUGUUCUGUGAUACCAAUGUCAAAGCUUUGAAGUGCCUGUCGCUAGUUCCAGCCGUCAUGGGCCACAUGAAGUUCAACACCACCGAGGAGAACUAUGCCGACGUUUACCGAAACGACCUCCCCAACCCAGACACACUUCCCGCAGAGCUGCACUGCUGGAGGAUCAAAUGGAAGCACAGAGGCAAAGAGGUGCGUCUGCCUACGACCAUUCAUGAAACGUUGCAGCUUCCCGAUGUGAAGUUCUUUCCCAACGUCAACUCCUUCCUGAAAGUGCUUUCCACCCUGCCCGUGCUCAAGCUGGAAAGUGGCAACAACGCAGCGAGCGAGCGGCUCCAGGGUUAUCUGGAUGGCGGGCCUGCUAAAUACUGGCACAAGAGUCUUGCAAUGCUCCACAUUAACACUCAUGUCAAACAUGACCUGGAUGUCAUGGUGGACAAAUACUGCAGACUCUAUCCAGAGGAUGAUCCUGAAGCUGAGCCUGAGGCUGAGCCUGAAGCUGAAGGAUCAGCUGGGGGAGGAGCCGAUGCAGCCGUUGAGGGAGGAGCUGAAGGAGCAGCCGAUGGAGCAACUGAUGGAGCCGCUGAGGGAGAUGUUGCAACAAAGUGAGCUGAAUUUCCUAUUUGGGGACAAAACUGAGAGACACAAUGAGGCUUCAUAAGUGCAUUCAUCUGCUUCAUCAGCUGGACCCUGCAAGCAUAAAAAUGUGGAUCACUUAUUUGUACACAUGAACGGAUGCACUGAUCGUUUUCACAGACACAAAGUGGUGCGGUCCCUGGAAUUUCUUAGUUCUAUAUGGAAAAAAUAAAAUACAAGUCCCAAAACAUUUAGAUUUGAAACACAUGAUUUGUAAAUAUUCAAUGUUCUGCGUCACAUUUUGCUGUUCGAAGUUUUUUACUUAGAAAUGAUGUUUUUGUUUGUUUGUUUGGUAGAUGAGUUUUAUUCCAUAAAUUAACUUCUUGGUUUCGUUUUACUGUGAGAUUUUUUAUUUUUUUUAGAUCAAACUGCGUGAUGAAGGCUUAUAGCUCUGCUGUUUUUAAAGUGCUUUAGUAGCGUAUGAAAUGAGAGACUAGUUACAUCAGUGUCAGCAGCAAUUGAUGCAAAGUUUUGUUGUUUUUCUUUUAAGAAUUUACAGAAAGUUUGACAUGUAUGUGAAAUCUUGGAAAAUGACUCUGAACAACAGGAAAGUACAAUUCUGAAACCUAAUAAAACUUUGCCUUAUCAUAUCCAUGUAUUGAGGAUAUGUUGUAUCUUUACUAAUGGUUGUUUCUUAAUCUUUCUGUGAUGAUCAGAGCUAUUUCUUUCAGAUUUGCGGAUUAUACAGAUGCAC